GCGGUCCCUGUGCCUGAUUCAGAGAUCUCGCGAUGUUUGGGCGGUUUAUAAGGCGCUGGCGCUAACGCUCCGCCCUCUUUCUCUCCCCGCUCCCAGCUGGUUGAGGUGUAACAGUUCUAUCGGUCGUCCCGAAUCCGGGUUCAUCCGACACCGAGACCGGUCUGUGAGAAGCGGAACCGCCCAGUAACCCGCAGCCAUGCCUCCCAAAUUCGACCCCACCGAAAUUAAAGUCGGUACGUGAGCGGUUAGCGGCCAGUGAGAGCCCCGGGCGGGCAGGCCUCAGUGCGGCAGGCGGAGCGUGUGUGGCUCUCACGGUACAACAUCAUCAACAUCAUCAUAGCUGGGGGUGGGUUAUAUUAUAUGGGGCGAUUAUACUGAUAUUAUCAUAUGGGGGUAUAUAUAUAUUAUACUAUACUGGGGGUAUACUACCGGCUGGGGGGUUAUACUAUAUAAUUAUUAUACUACUAUACAGGGUGGGGGGUUAUACUAUAUAAUAUAUACUAUACCAGGGUGGGGGUUAUAUAUACUACUAAUGGGGGUACAAAUAAUAUAUAUUAUAUACAGGGCUGGGUUAUAUAAUAUACUAUACCGGGCUGGGGGGGUUAUACUAUAUAAUAUACUAUACCGGGCUGGGGGGGUUAUACUAUAUAAUAUACUAUACUGGGCUGGGGGGGUUAUACUAAAUAUUAUACUAUACCGGGCUGGGUUAUAUAAUAUACUAUACCGGGCUGGGGGGGUUAUACUAAAUAUUAUACUAUACCGGGCAGGUUAUAUAAUAUAUACUAUACCGGCUGGGGUUAUACUAUAUACUAUGGGGUUAUACUAUAAUAUAUACUAUACCAGGGGAGGGGGGUUAUAAUACAUUAUAAUAUACUGGAUGGAUUAUAUAAUAUGCACUAUACCGCUGGGGGGUUAUACUAAAUAUUAUACUAUACCGGGCUGGGUUAUAUAAUAUACUAUACCGGGCUGGGGGGGUUAUACUAAAUAUUAUACUAUACCGGGCUGGGUUAUAUAAUAUACUAUACCGGCUGGGGGGUUAUACUAUAUACUAUACUGGGGGUUAUACUAUAUAAUAUACUAUACCAGGGGGAGGGGGGGUUAUAAUAAAUAUUAUACUAUACCGGGAUGGAUUAUAUAAUAUACUAUACCGGCUGGGGGGGUUAUACUAUAUAUUAUACUAUACGGGCUGGGGGAGGGUUAUACUAUAUAAUAUUAUACUAUGCUGGGGGGUUAUACUGUAUAUUAUACUAUACCAGGCGUUAUACUGUAUAUUAUACUAUGCCGGGCUGGAGAUGGGGUUAAUAUAAUUAUGCCCAGAUUAUGUUAUAUUAUGCUGGGCAGGGGGAUAAUAUGAUCAUACCGGGUUGGGGGUUGAUAAUACUAUUAUACUGGGAUUAUAUACUAUACCAGCUGAGGGUGGGAGAAGUAUAUACAGAGAUUAUAUUAUACUAUACCAGAGUGGAGGGUGGAAAUAUUAUAUAUAGGGACUAUACCAGGCUGGAGGGGGUAGAAGGGGAGCAGUGGGUGGAGAAUGAGCUGUAUGGAAUUUUCAAACUUGUAGGUAAUGGUUUCCUUAUGUACAGUUGAUCACUGGAUCAAAGUCUUGUGUCAAAGUGGCUUGUUAGUAGGGUUAUUCACUAAAGUUAGAAUUGUUAAUGCAUUUUAACCUUAAAAGUACACACUAACAACUAUUGAUUGACACUCAAUGUAGGGCCAGGGGACUCUAGUCACUAUAACCAUCUUAAUGAAAUGGCUACAGGCCUAACUAAGAGCUGAGAAAAUUCUCCAGGUCUAUUUCCAGUUCAGGUGUUUGACGCUCACUCUGAAUUUCUGGCAAGUCUCGCUCUAGUUAGGAAUGUGUUAUUGAGCCAUUGCUGUAUAAAGUGUAGCUUAUUGCUGAUGUAAUGGUACAUGUCCCAUUUAUGCCUGAAAGGUGUGUGGAACUUCUGUUACACAAUUCCUAUACUCCUUGUGUGAGAAGAUAGACAGGAAGGACUAAUGACUGGGAAUUUGCCGCAGCCAGUUAAAGUAAAAUCUUGGGUAUGGGAUGCCCUCUUUUAAGAUAAAUAAUGUAGCCACCCGCCACUAUACCAGCCUGAUUCCUGUGUCUCGGUGUAUUCCAGUGGUGAGCUUAAAGUAACCUCUUCUUAGGAAACAGAGCUUUUCUACACGUGACUUGCUCUGUGCCGAAAGAUUGAGAACACUGUAUUCUGUUUGCUUAGAACUGCUUACUGUGCUCUGCUCUGCACUGGUUUUAAUUCUGCCUCUGUUUUGGUUAUAGUGUGUCUGAGAUGCACAGGAGGGGAAGUUGGAGCCACCUCUGCAUUGGCCCCUAAAAUCGGACCCUUGGGUUUGGUGAGUUACAUGUGGUGUAAAGUCUUUAUUUUUAAUCAGUAUUUUAUGAAGUCAUUGAGCUGGAUAGCGGUGUGCUAAGCAGUGACCUCUGGCACACAAGCCUGUAUGACAGGGGCAGGCAAACUUCAGCACUCAUAAGUUGUGAACUACAUCUCCCAUAAUGCUUGCAAAACAUCAGGGGUGGUGUAGCCCACAUCUGAAGUGCUGAAGAUUUAUAAACUCUGGAAUACUAAAGGUCUCUCUGAUCUAGAGUUGAAUAGUUGUAUGGAAUUCCUAGUUUGCAUGCUAAUCUGAACCCCUUUGGUGCCUAAAUGGCCACAAUUCUACUUAAUGCGUUUGCUGUCAGAUCUGCCAUGUCACAUUGUCACCUCAAUAUUCUGUUCUUUUCAUACUCCUCAGGCAUGCUGUGGCAUGUGGCUGCAUUUUAGUGAGGAGCUAGAUUUUUAAAAUUUGCAGUCCUUUAGCGGGAAAGGGGAUAUGUAAUGGCCCUGCUGAAACAAGCUUAAUCUAUCUGGAAUUGGGGUGUAGUUUAUCAAACCUCUUUAGAUAUAAUGGAGUACAUGCCUGCCUUAAAUCCUUAUUAAACUGUGUAAACUAUUGCUAUGAUUCUGAAUUGACAACUUGCAUGAAUGUUACAAAUGUUUUUGUUUGGUUUAGUCUCCAAAAAAAGUCGGUGAUGACAUUGCCAAAGCCACUGGAGACUGGAAGGGGCUGAGAAUUACAGUCAAACUGACCAUUCAGAACAGACAGGCACAGGUAACGUCAAAUUUAUGGACAGACUUUACCAAUUGAACAUGUGUUUAGCGCAAAAGCUAAAAGGAAUAGUCCACUGUGAAUAUUUGUGUGGCUAAUCAGAGCAUUCUCCAACAUGGUGCAUUAGAAACGUGUGCAGGGACAGUCUGUGGUAUGUAUUAAGGCACUGGGAAGAGCCCUGCACAUAAGGUAUCUGACAAACCACUGACUGGUCUAAACGUUGUUUAUAGCAUUAAAAAGGAUUGCAUUUCUCAGUGCUAGACAAAAUUAGUCUUGCAAAUGUCAUUGUGGGUAUGUUUCUAGGAAGACAACCUCUCUUUGAUUAUUUUAUAGCUUCUCCUUGGAAAGUAAUUGCCAUGCAAUCCUAGUAGGGUUUGGUAGCAUUUUAGAUCAUGUUGAUGUAAAGUAACAUUUAUAUAAAGUUCUACUCCUUCUAGCGCUGCAUGUUUAUUGUGGUUAUAGGUAGCCAGUGGCAUGCAUCCAGCUGGCUGUAAGACUGAGACUGCCAAUCAUGGAUAAUGUGUAUACAGCCACCCGCCACUAUGCCAGUCUGUCGGUGACCUGGUAUAUUCCAGUGGUGAGCUGAGACCAAAACCCAUCUUAGGAAACAGAGUCCUUCUGUGUGUGAAAGACCCUGUGCCGAAAGAUUGGGGACACGACAACCUGAUGCCACACAGCAGAAUUUUUUUAUGAAUGGUCCUAACAGGGUUUUAUUUUUCUGCAGAUUGAGGUCGUCCCAUCUGCCUCUGCUCUGAUUAUCAAGGCCCUGAAGGAGCCCCCUCGUGACAGGAAGAAGCAGAAGAACAGUGAGUAUCUUGUAUUGAAUAAUGUGGCAGUGUCAAGGUUAAAAUACACUAACCUUUUAGUAUUGGGAUUUUUUUAAUAAAUACAAGAAAAGCCUUAACUCGCCUGUAACUCUGCUCCAGGACAGUGCUCUCUGCAAAUGCUUGGACAUCCUGUCAGACUGCUUUCUAUUCUAGUACUUCUCAUAAAAGCUCCUUUGGCAGCAAAAGGGUUAAACCAGUCCUCACGACCCACUAACAGUCCAGGUUUUGUCAGGCAUUUAUUCCAAUGUAGAUACUAACUCAACUUGUGGUGAGCAAUGACAUCUAGUCUGGGAUCCACUGCUGACUCCAGGCUGUGACCACUUCAAAUCUCUGGUCAUGGUGCCUGGUUGUAACCCUUUAUUCACAAAGUUAAUUGAAAAAUAUUUAAACACCUUGAUUUGCAUUAGUUUCUGCUAAAUGUUGUGAAAUUAAAGAUGGUUCAUGUUACCUCUUAUAUUCCAGCCACCCGCCACUAUAGCAGUCUGAUAUAUGACUGUGUAUAAUCCAGUGGUGCGCUAAGAACAAAACCCUUCUUAGGAAACAGGUUCAUUCUGUGUGUGAGUGAUUCUGUGCCGAAAGAUAGGGAACACAUGUCAUUUUAUGCUAAAAUACAUGAAGGGUGGAGUUUGCUUGGUGUGAAUAAAGUCUAAGUUCUGUAUUUUAUUUUCAGUCAAGCACAAUGGGUCAGUCACCAUGGAUGAAAUUAUCAGCAUCGCCCGGCAAAUGCGGCACCGGUCUCUAGCCAGAGAGCUCUCUGGUAGGUAAUCUUUCUGAAAUAUAUCCAUCAACAGCAUAAAAUAAUCUGUUAAUAGAAUAACAUCUUGUUCUAGUGUUUUUUAUUUUGGUUUUCACGUUUAAUUUAAUUCUACCUUUAUCUUUAGGAACCAUUAAAGAGAUUCUGGGCACAGCACAGUCUGUUGGCUGCAACAUUGAUGGAAGGCACCCACACGAUAUCAUUGACGAUAUAAACAGUGGUGCGAUGGAAUGCCCAGCGGUAAGUGCUCCUUUGGAAAACAGUUUGUGUAUGUAUCCUAUAGUAUAACGAACACUAACUAGCUGGUAGUCAUUAAAUGAAAUCUCCUGUUUGCUGUAGUUGCACUGCAUUUUACUGGGAAGUAACAGUGACACGUGCCCCUUCGUAUGCUAGGUUUCCAGGCCGGUUCAGUCACUGGGAACCACUGCUGGCAUGCAGCAACUUUUCACUCCCGGUUUCUUGUAGAAUUCCCUGUAAGGCUGGAAAACUGUUAGAAACCCUGAUUAGACAUUGUAAUAAAGUUUUGGUAGUGUUUGUGCUGAUAUUAAUUAAUUUUAUUUUAUUUUUUUACAGAAUUAAACAUGCUGUGUAGAAGAAUUAUCUACAAUAAAGAAAAUUUUCUCUAUUUUUUUUUCUUGUGGUUUUUAUUUAAUUUUGUUGAUCCUGGGUCUCUUUAAGUGAACAUAAAGUUACACUCCAAGCACCAUAACUAACGCAGCAUGCUCUGCUUCUGCUACUUUCUAGUAAAAUGGUUUUUGGUUCUUUG